CGAGCGCAGCGAGGGAGCCGCAGAGCGGACCAGCGGCGCCGGCGGGACCACCGCGACAUAAAGACCUGAAGGUAGUCUUUCCUGUCCAAAGAUGGAAAACAGUACCACUACCAUUUCUCGGGAGGAGCUGGAAGAACUGCAAGAAGCAUUUAAUAAAAUAGAUAUUGACAACAGUGGGUAUGUCAGUGACUAUGAACUUCAGGACCUGUUUAAGGAAGCAAGCCUUCCUCUACCUGGCUACAAAGUGCGCGAGAUUGUGGAGAAAAUUCUAGCAGUUGCUGACAACAACAAAGAUGGCAAAAUCAGUUUUGAAGAAUUUGUGUCCCUAAUGCAAGAGUUAAAAAGCAAAGACAUCAGCAAAACGUUCCGAAAAAUCAUUAACAAGAGGGAAGGGAUUACUGCGAUCGGAGGAACUUCGUCCAUCUCCAGCGAGGGCACGCAGCACUCCUAUUCCGAGGAAGAAAAAGUGGCUUUUGUUAACUGGAUAAACAAAGCCCUGGAGAAUGACCCCGAUUGUAAGCAUCUCAUACCCAUGAAUCCCAACGAUGGCAGUCUUUUCAAAUCACUUGCAGAUGGCAUCCUUCUUUGCAAAAUGAUCAACUUAUCUGAACCGGAUACAAUUGAUGAAAGAGCCAUUAAUAAGAAAAAGCUCACCCCUUUCACUGUUUCUGAAAAUUUAAACCUAGCCCUGAAUUCUGCCUCGGCCAUUGGAUGUACAGUGGUCAACAUUGGUGCACAGGAUCUCAAAGAAGGAAAACCUCACCUGGUCUUGGGACUUCUCUGGCAGAUCAUCAAAGUCGGUCUUUUUGCUGAUAUUGAGAUUUCCAGGAAUGAAGCUCUGAUCGCGUUGCUCAGUGAGGGCGAGGAACUGGAGGAGCUGAUGAAGCUUUCCCCGGAGGAAUUACUGCUGCGGUGGGUGAACUACCACUUGACCAACGCAGGAUGGCACACCAUCAACAACUUCAGCCAGGACAUUAAGGAUUCAAGAGCCUAUUUUCAUCUGCUUAAUCAGAUUGCACCUAAAGGUGACCGGGAUGAUGGACCUGCCAUUGCCAUCGAUCUUUCAGGAUUUAAUGAGAAAAAUGACCUGAAGCGUGCUGGAUUUAUGCUUCAAGAAGCAGAUAAACUGGGCUGCAGACAGUUUGUCACUCCUGCAGAUGUGGUUUCAGGCAAUCCUAAACUUAAUUUAGCGUUCGUAGCUAAUCUGUUUAACACAUACCCCUGCCUACACAAGCCUGAUAAUAAUGACAUCGAUAUGAACUUAUUGGAAGGGGAGAGCAAGGAAGAGAGGACAUUUCGAAACUGGAUGAAUUCCUUGGGGGUCAACCCAUACAUUAAUCAUUUGUACAGUGAUCUCGCAGAUGCCUUAGUGAUCUUUCAGCUCUAUGAAAUGAUUCGCGUGCCAGUCAACUGGAGCCAUGUCAACAAACCUCCGUACCCUGCUCUUGGAGGGAACAUGAAGAAGAUUGAAAACUGUAACUAUGCAGUGGACCUUGGGAAGAAUAAAGCCAAGUUCUCCUUGGUUGGCAUUGCUGGACAGGACCUAAAUGAAGGGAACGCAACACUGACGCUGGCAUUGGUAUGGCAGCUCAUGAGAAGGUACACAUUGAAUGUGUUAUCAGAUCUUGGAGAAGGUGAAAAAGUAAAUGAUGAAAUUAUAAUUAAAUGGGUCAAUCAGACUCUUAAAAGUGCAAACAAAAGUACUUCUAUUUCCAGUUUCAAGGACAAAUCUAUUAGCACUAGUCUACCUGUCCUAGAUUUAAUAGAUGCCAUCGCACCAAAUGCUGUUCGUCAAGAAAUGGUCAAGAGAGAAGACUUUUCUGAUGAGGACAAGCUGAACAAUGCUAAAUAUGCCAUUUCAGUUGCUCGAAAGAUUGGUGCCCGGAUAUAUGCCUUACCUGAUGACCUCGUGGAAGUGAAACCAAAGAUGGUUAUGACGGUGUUUGCAUGCUUAAUGGGAAAAGGACUGAACAGAAUAAAAUAAACACUUAAUAUAAUUUUCUGCCACAUUUACACAUUGAAUGCCUCACA